GAAUGCCUCACUAGAGUCGUGAUUGGACAAACACUCAAAGCGAGUGUUGAAAGAUUGACUUCCUUCACUUUAUCAGUGGUUUCGUUUCAGGCGAAUAAGUGCAGUGUGCGACAGGCUUUCAACGCCAGAUAGAGCACCCAAUCCAGCGAGUUUUUGUGUCAGGUACAUCGCAAUAAGGGCGAAAAUGAAAUACGGAUUAUCAUUGCUCGCGCUUUGCAUUGCUGCAACAGCUCUCACCUCAGGUGAAUAUAGUUCAGCUUAUAUGGCCGUUGGCUUGAACACAACAACCCACAAUCCAAAAACAACAACCCACAAUCCGAAUACAACAACCCCCAGCCCCAACACAACAACCCACAGUCCGAAUACAACAACCUCCAGGCCAAAAACCACAGUUACCACUCCAAUACCAUCUCCAACACCACCCACCAACAUGGCGGUGGGCCGUUAUAAUUUUAGUAAAGAUGGCAAAGUAUGUAUUAUGGUUGAAAUGGCAAUUGGGAUCCGUGUGAACACCAGCAAGGUUAAUGGCACAUUCAUUGUUCAGCAAAACAAAACCACUGUCAGUGGAGAAUGUGGGGACAAAGCCUCUACUAUCAGAAUAGUAUUCAGUGAAGGCCAAUUUACCCUGAAAUUUAGAAAUAAUGAGACGAUAAAAAAGGUCUAUGUGGAGUAUGUGGAUUACGACUUGACCUAUGCCUUCAAAACAGGAGAGUCAAAUGACUACUCAGGGAAGAACGAUUCUCUUGAGCUGUUUUCUGUGGAACCGGGUCACUCUUACUCCUGCCAGGCUGAGACGGUGUACAUGGGAGAUGGUGUUAGUCUGGACUUGACCCAUAACAAGUUUCAGGCCUUCGACUUCAAGAACAAUGAAUUCGGACCACCUGAAGUAUGCAAGGCUGAUCAACAUGACUACCGCGUUGCCAUCGUCGUGGGCAUAAUCCUCAUCAUACUCAUCGUCAUUGUAGUCAUUGCUUACCUCAUCAGCAGGAAACGGAGGAGUGAUGGGUACCAGUCACUAUAGAGGCCUACAAGUCGUGAUUUAUGAGAAUACCAGCAAUUCCAGUUUACAGGAAUCUUAAUGCUGUUAUGUAUGUCUUAAGUGAAUGUUACUUAUGUAUACUGAUGAACAUGGAUGGCCUAGGAUCUGUCCAAACCAUGUUUACUAUGCAGGGACAGUAUGCUACAUCCUAACACAAGUUGAAGUUGCCAUCACAAGUUCUACAUCAUAAUAGAACCAGACAAACAAUUGGCUUAGUACAUGCCUUAUUUAGCCUGCAUUUGUAUACUAAUUACCUUUUUUAAAGAACCUAACCUUAUACUGACAUUACAGAAGGAUGUGCAUACUCUACUGUUGAUCCAUCUUAAGUGUAAGUGCUCUUUUCUAUAAGUGCUCUUCACUAUCUGUCACACAUCUAAUGCAUUUUCUGUGAUAGGCUGAUAAGCCAUUGUUAAUCUGAUAAAUAUGUCCAGUACUUUAUUCUUUCCAAAGGGGCCUUAAAACCUAUAAAAGGGAAUUCAGUUGCUUACAUUGUGUAAUUAAUAGUAGAAAGGGUUUUAAAAGCAGUUGU